UCCCCGCCCCCGCCCCGUGCCGAGCCGAGCCGCAGUGUAAACGAAGAAAAUGGUGACUGCAAGUGUUCCGAAAUAGCGGCAUUAAUUCGACACUUGUUACCGCAGUUGUGCUGCCCCCGUGGCCCCCAGUGUUUGCAGCAUGUGCGGCUGAGCGUGUGUGUUGGUUUUGUGACGCCGAAGCCUCCGGAUGAGAUGGGUGCCACGAAAUGACGCGAUUUCGAUCGGCUGCCCUGGCGACUGGCGAGCACGGGGCGAUCAUGUCCUCUCAUCUUGACUUGGCACUGAGCUGAGUGGAUAUUCGUGGCCGGAGGAGAUACUUUUAUUGCAAGAGGAUAUGAAGGAAAUGGUAGGCGGGUGCUGUGUUUGCUCGGACGAGAGGGGAUGGGCAGAAAACCCCCUGGUGUACUGUGAUGGCCAGGGAUGUACAGUCGCCGUUCACCAAGCAUGUUAUGGAAUUGUUACGGUUCCCACCGGUCCUUGGUUUUGUCGGAAGUGUGAGUCUCAAGAGAGAGCUGUUCGAGUGCGUUGUGAGCUUUGCCCCAUUAAAGAUGGAGCCCUGAAGCGUACAGAUAAUCAGGCGUGGGCACAUGUUGUGUGCGCAUUAUAUAUCCCUGAAGUUAGAUUUGGAAAUGUUACGACAAUGGAACCCAUCAUUUUACAGUUGGUUCCUGCUGAGCGUUAUAAUAAGACUUGUUAUAUUUGUGAAAGUCAAGGAAAAGGAUCUAGAGCCCUUCAGGGUGCAUGUAUGAAUUGCAAUAAGCCUGGCUGCAAAAUGCAAUUCCAUGUUACCUGUGCUCAAGGUUUGGGUCUGUUAUGUGAAGAAGCGGGUAAUUAUAUGGACAAUGUAAAAUAUUGUGGUUAUUGCCAGCACCAUUACUCAAAGCUGGUGAGUAAGAAAAAGGGAGGUAAUGUGAAACAGGUUCCACCUUACAAACCUGUCCCUAAUGAACCUACAGAAGAAAAAGAAGAAAGUGGGCGAAAGCGUAAAAGUCAAGGUAAAGGUGGAGGUAGAGGAAGGAAUGCUACUCCCAGUCCAAAUCUUAACAAGCAGGGAGGACAGAGUCCUAGUGCUGGAAGUGAGAGUGGUGACCAUAGUCGAGCAAGUACUCCUGCUGGUUCUAAUGGAACAGCAACAAAGGACCUGCUACCACCUCCAUCGGCUGCAAGCUCUGUCAUCAAAGACAGUAAGGACAAGGAUAAAAAAGAAGAUAAAAUCAAAGAUGCUGAAAAAGAUAAAGAUAAAGAAAAAGAGAAGAAAGAUGGAAAAGAUGUUCCAAACAGCAGCACCAGUAGUACUGCUUCUACUACAGCAGCAAAGUUCACCACUUCAAACUUUGUGGAGACGGUUGUGACACCAAGCGAGAGUGUAUUUGGUGCUGAUGGGUCGAAAACUGCUAGUGGUAGUAGUGGUCCUGCAAACCCGAAAAAACGACGUAAUGCAGGAGGAGUUCGUACUCCACCCUCAAGUACACCUUCACAAGACAAAGACACCAAAGAGAAAGAAAGAGACACUUUAGGAAGUAGUUCUGCCUCGGCAGCUCCUUCCCCUACCUCAGCUCCUUCCAGUAUCAAUGAAUCUGUGGCAAAAAUGGAAGUAGAUGAAAAUCCUCACUCAGGUAGCCCUGAUACCGUUGAGAAAGGUGUCAAGAAAUUGAAAAUAGUUGCUGAGCCAAACCUCAGCACACUUGGUUCCAACCCAUCGAACUCUGAAACCAGUAGUAAGGACCAUAAGUCCUUUUUCCCUAUGUUUCAGGGACCUCAAAGCAAUAUAUCAUCCCCUGGACCAGUUGGGUCCUCAGUCUCAUCAUCAGCUAACAGCAUUGUUGUAUCAGUACCAUUGGCAGCUGCAGUAUCUUUGCCUAAUGCAACGAGCCAGCAAGUCUCUAGUGCUAUAAACUCUUUGGCUAGCGGCACUACUAUAACUGCGACUCCAACUCCUACCUCUGCAACAUCAACAGCUCCAGCUGACACCCAUCCACCAAUAAUAACAAGCAGUAGCAGCAGCAAUGCCAGCAAAUCAACUCCAGCAGCACAGAAUUUGGGAAAAAGAUCAAGGUCUUUUACCGCUGAGAAGUCGGAGAAGGUGGAGAAACAGGACAAGCGCAAGCUUAAACGUGGUGGACAUCAUCAAGUAGGGACCUCCUCCAGUGCACCUUCCAACCCUCCCCCAGCAUCUAGCCCUGCCACCCCCACUACCCCUAAUACCCCGUCUUUGCCAGUCUCUAGCCAGUCUCCCAACCCCAUGCCCAUCUCUCUAGUUACAGCUCCCAUUUCAUCAACUACCUCAGUCUCCUCCAAUGUGUCAGUCCCAACGUCGCCCAUUUCCAUGUCUCCAUCGGUCACUCCAGCACCCAUCUUAUCCCCGGUGUCCUCCACAUCCCUGCCCCAUUCCCCUUCUCUAGGCAGACGAGGGCGUCAAGGUAGUCAGAGCACUUCAGUCUCAACAACUCCUCCGAACCCCAUUUCAACGCCCCCUGUAUCUACACCUACGCCUCCCACAGUUACCUCCUCUCCACCUGAAACAAAGCCUGUACCAUUCGCUGUUGCUCCUGACGACCUCUCUAGCUCUGCCGUUUCCAUGAAAGAAUCUCCUCCAAGCAGCCCUGAACCGGUGCCGCAUCGAGGACGGCCUAAAGGUCGUCGAGGACAUCACAGUGUGCCAAACCAAAAAGAUGACAAGGAUCAAAAAAUAUUUCAGAAUGGUGUCACAUCAAUACACAAUGCACCUCACAUGCUUGGUCACCAGUUAAACCCAUCUUCAUCAAUGGCUCAAAAAAUGUCUGAUACUCUUACUGCAGAACUUGAGGCUCAUUCAGUGUUUAGUGCUGAGCCCAACCUCUCAAACCAGAAUAAUUUGAUGGGGCCUCAACUACCAACAAAGGUCUUGGCUAAUUCACGAGCCUCCGAUUCUAGAAAUACUCCCACCUCUGGAGCAUUACCACAAACAUUGGAUCAGCUCUUAGAGAGACAGUGGGAACAAGGAAGCCAAUUCUUGAUGGAACAAGCCCAGCAUUUUGACAUUGCAUCCUUAUUGACUUGCUUGCACCAACUACGGUCUGAGAAUACCCGCCUAGAAGAACAUAUUAGAAAACUGCAAGCUCGUCGUGAUCACCUGUUGGCAGUCAAUGCUCGCCUUGCAAUUCCAUUGACUCACUCUCAGCCUCCAACCCCACCUCACGGAACACCAGGCUCAACACCAGGCCUUUCAGAUGGUGUAGGUGUGGCACCGGGCCAAAGUCCUGGUCCUCUCACACCCCAGGGAACUCCUUCUGGGCCUCCAGGACAGGGACCAUCUUCUGGUCCACCACAUGUAGCCCAAGGUUCACCCCAGCUUCCGUCACAGGGAGCAUCCUCUGUUCAAGGCAGUCACCACCCACACUCUCAGAGUCACCAGAACCACUCUCAAACUCACGCUCAGCUUUUGGGACACUCUCAGUCACUUUCACUUCCUUCAGGACAUUUACAUCAGUCCAGUCAUCCGCAGGGGCACCCUCAAGGACACCCACAGGGCCACCCCCAGGCACACUCUCAGGGUCAUCCUCAGGGCCAUUCUCAGGGACACCCUCAGAGCCAUCCUCAGGCGCAUCCCUCAGGUCACCCUCAAGGACACCCGCAAAGUCACUCACAGAGUCACUCUCAGGGACACCCUCAGGGACACCCACAGAGUCAUCCUCAAAGUCACCCACAGGGUCACUCGCAAGGUCAUCCCCAAGCACACUCCCAGGGACACCCUCAGAGUCACUCUCAGGGGCACCCGCAGAGUCACUCGCAGAGCCACUCACAGAGUCACCCACAGAGCCAUGGACAGGGGCACCUGCAAGGCCUUUCUCAAGGACAUCCUCAAGGUCAUCCCCAAGGUCACCCUCAAGCUCUGCAACAGUCGAGGCAAUCUUCUCAGUCUCGUUCAUCUUAUGGAUCACAGCCGAUGGAAAAUGGACUGCCUUCAGACUCCAUGCACCAGGGUUAUGGGGCCCACCAAAGACCACAACCGAGCCCUAACAUUCGACACACUCAGUCUGGAAGUCCUUACAUGAUGAGCCAGACGCCACCCACCUCUAAUCCAAGUGUUGUUCGAAGCAGUCCUGUGUCUUCAGAACAAGGCCGCAGAGGUGUGGGUGUGUCGGUGCCCACUCAAGGAUAUACCAUGUACUCUCAGGGCAGUGCCAUCACGAUGCCUGUCCCUGUCACGCCCCAGCAGGUGGUGAUGCACCGAGAGGUGGACCUGCACCACUUCCCGUCGUCCAAGCAUAGCUGAGGGUUGGCCAGGCGGGGUCCUCCCCCGCAGAGCAGAGGGCUGCAGCUGCAUCCAGGUACAGGAACGGGAACCGGAGGACGGUGGCCAUCCCGAUAUCACCAAGGACACCAAGGUCACCAAGGGCCUGGAGAACUUCCCUAUCCUCAUGUGGCGCACCCUGCUCACUCUAUGCACCACUAUGAGUGGUACCAGCGUGUUCCUGGCCAUGGCCAUGCAUCUCUCUCGCGUCUCUAUCGUUCAUAUUUUCCCCACCACUGAAAAAUAGCUCAAUACAUCCUGCCAUAAUCAUGCUUGUGUUAGGUUUGAAAGGAGAGGGAGUCUGUUGGUGUUGGAAUGUGCUACUCUGCUGGAGCUUUCUUCCUGUGUGAACAAUACACUCAGCUAUAAUUGCUUGUACUGUACUUGACACAAAUCCUGUACCACACAGAUUCACUUGCUCAUUUCAUCACAAAUGUUACCUCUUUUGAAGACUUGGUGUGAUUAUAUAGUUAUGGGAACGGGGUGUUAAAUUUGUUUCCUUAUUUUUAUUUGUUCUUUUUAACUGUUUGUUUUUGUGUAGUUAAUUAUUAUUAUUAUUAUUAUUAAUUUGCCUUGUGCAAUUUUCAACAAAGUGAUGACAUAAGUAGUACAAACCUGAGUUUGUUUUGUACUUGAGUGUUAUGACAUGCUCUUUUGUCUUGCGCACAAAACUUACUUGAUUUGUGAAUUUGUAAAUCGGGUUUUCCUAGCUUGUGACAGAUGAUGAGAUGAUAUACAUUUAAAAUUAGUUGACUAAAAUUAAACUGGAUUUAUUUGUUGUGUACAUGAGAGAUUGUUAAUGUUAAGAAAAUAUAUGGCUUUCUUUUGGAAUGUACCUUAAUAAAAAUUUAAUGGUUAAAAUAAUACGUACCUCCUAAUUUAAUUGCAAUUGAUUAUGGUGAGUUUAGUAAGGUAGCUGUAUUGGUAGCAUCUUAUAUCCUGUAAGUCAAAUCAGUAUUAUUAAGGGACUAUUGCAUCUUUUGGCUACUGUUUUUGAUAAAUUAAGAUGCAGCAGGAGUAUAGUUCAUGGUGGGAAGAAUCAUUCAGGUGACUGCUGUAUAUUUUUAUAUCCAUUGCUAAGACUGUUCUUAUGACUUAGUGGCUAAUGGUUGGUUGCAUUGACAUUGAUGCCAAAUCUGAGAUUUUCGUUGUUGUUUAGUGGGUUUACCAUGUUCAUACUUGACUCUGAUUGUGUAAUAUAGAUUCUUUCGGUAACGUGCUGUCAAAGGAAACUCGUACCUCUUUUAGUUUUCCUCUCAGCUAGGUUUUAGACUUAUCUCAGUUCCCGUGUAAUUAUAUAUUUUCCCUUCUUGCUUUGUUAAGGUUUUCUUAUCUUUUAAGCUUGGCCACUAAAUCUUUUGCAUAUUGUCUGCAUCUCAUGCAUUUUAUCUUGGUAUGAUGCAUUUAAGAGAAUUUUAUGCUUUCAAAACCUUCAAAUCAAUGAAAGAUUCUGCUAGCAGUACAGAAAUUUAAUGGCGCCUAAUUAGUGGAUUAUCAUAACGUUUUCUACAAGUUGUUGCUAACAUAACUGUUAAGUAUAUGAUGCAUGGUAAAAUCACUAGUUGUAGGCCUAACUAAAUUUUAUCUACUAUCCAUUUCUUGUGUUUAAAUCAUUGAGGUAUGGGGAAUAGCUGUCACUGCUAGAUACCCCAUCCUUUCCUUUAAAACAUAAAAUGUGAUAUGUUUGCAAUAUUUUAAGGCUAGGUGACAAAAGUCAAAAUAAGUAGGCUGUCAAUUUACAAGGACUUACAGAAAGAGAAAACUACAGAAUCUCUUGUACAAAAUUAUGAAUGUACGUAGUAUGCCUGUAACUGCCUUAGAUUUGUAUAUUAAAAGUACCGGUGCUGAAA